CAUCAUUAUGCUGCUGCCUUUGCCUCUCUGCUGUUGCUGUUGCUGUUUGUGUAGUGCGUCUUCAGGCAAGACUGCUUCUGUCUAUCCCCGACUCGUUCAGUUCUCAGUCUCGCUGGGUGAAAAGUAGUAGUUAGAAUUCACCGCACGGAGAACAGCUGAGCUGUUCUUCUUUUUUUGUUAACUGCGCAAGCAAAACAAUAAUAGUGAAACCUAAGCAGACAACUUGGUAGCAUUAAAAGUAGCACACCGAAAGCUCUCACACGAUAGCUGAAGGGAGAAAAGAAGCAAAAACUUUCAAAGGUGUCAGCGAAAAGUGUUGUGGUUGUGACUCUAGUUUUGCGAAACUUAUUUUCGAGUCACCAUCGCUGUUGCUGCUGUCUAAUCCAGUCGAUGUUGUCGCACAAAGUGGUUGCUCGCGGGCCCAGACACUCUGGACUGGAUUUUAUCUAGUGACUGCAGCUAUUUGAUUUGGAGAGGACGUGUCGCAAUUCGCUGAUUUAGUGUGAGGAGUGGAAAAAUUUGUUGAUUUGGUGCUAGUGAAGGAAGAGUUUCAUUGAAAACAAGAACAAAUUGCGUGUUUUGAUGUAAUUCAUUGAGUGAAGUUUUGUUUAUGGUAGCUAGUAAAACCCUUCGGUAAUAAUCAUAACAAAUACAAGACACGCAAGUCUGUCGAGUGUGUGAAAGUUUGCCAAGUGAGUCAUUUUUUCGAGCCGGAGAAGAAGAAAAGUGCGCCGUCAAGUGAAGAGGCGUCGUGGAAAUCGAUAAUUUUCUCGCCGAAACUUUGUGUCACCAACAGCACCACCCUUCUCCAUUGCCACCCGUUUAGGACUUACUACAGGGCAACGGAGCUGGCUGGCGACAUGAACGUCUACAAUUCCGGCAAAGUGUUUGCCUUCGAUGUGGACAUGGAGAACGACGUCGAUCUGCUGCCCGAGAUGAAGGCUGCUCAAGGCAACGAGUCGCCUGGAAUCCACAAUGCCACCGGAGGCGGCGGAGGAGGAGGUGGUGGAGGCGUUGCAGCCGCACUCAGUCUGUCCCAGGAGAAUCUGGCCGGAGGGCUUCCGAAUGAAAUCUCCGCUCCCUAUGAGGUUCCCCAGUUUCCGAUUGAGCAGAUUGAGAACAAGCUGCAGUUGCAGCGGCAGUUGAAUGCUAAGGUCAUGGAACAGGACCGACAUUCGAUCGCCGCCGAGAUUAACCCGGACGAAUUGAUUCCGUUUGAUGAUCAUGAUUUUGUGUCGCAUUUUCAGCGAGUUUCCAUUUCCGGUGAGGACACCAGCGGUGUUCCGCUCGAUGAUCUCGAGCGCGCUUCGACGCUGCUCAUUAAGGCACUGGAACUACGUAACAAGUACAUGUGGAACUCGCAUCAGUCUUUUCCUCAAACGACGGCACGCUUCCUGAAGACCUCCCAUCCGGAAAAGCAUGCCCACCAGGGCAAGAAAUCCAUCGCCGAUCAUCCAGUGAAUCCGCCGCAGAGCACCCAAUCACCGUGGUUGAUAGAGUUCCCAAAGGACUGCAACUACACAAUCCGAUCGAACAAUGGCGUCUUCGAGGUGUUUCGGGAUGCUGAGGAGGACACGGAACCGUUUCCGUUCGAGUACACCAAGCUGCCGGAUUUCGUGCAGGAUAUGCAGAUGAUGUGCUCGAUGAUUGCGGACGGUCCGUUGAAGUCGUUCUGCUACCGACGGCUCAGUUACCUGUACUCCAAGUUUCAGCUGCACGUACUGCUGAAUGAACUACGCGAGCUGGCCUCCCAGAAGGCCAUACCGCAUCGGGACUUCUACAACAUCCGAAAGGUCGAUACGCACAUUCACGCUGCCAGUUGCAUGAAUCAGAAGCAUCUGUUGCGUUUUAUUAAGAAAACGUUGAAGAACAGUGCUGACGAGGUGGUGACCGUGACCAAGGGCGAACAAAUGACCCUGGCGCAGGUCUUUCAAUCGAUGAAUCUAACCACGUACGAUCUGACGGUGGAUAUGCUGGAUGUGCAUGCCGACCGGAACACGUUCCAUCGGUUCGAUAAGUUCAACGCCAAGUACAAUCCCAUUGGAGAGUCUCGACUGCGGGAGGUCUUCCUGAAGACGGACAACUAUUUGAACGGGAAGUAUUUCGCUAACAUAAUCAAGGAAGUCGCAAGUGACUUCGAGGAGAGUAAAUAUCAGAACGCAGAGCUGAGGCUGUCGAUUUACGGUAAAUCGCCGGACGAGUGGCACAAGCUAGCCAAGUGGGCCAUCCAAGGGGACGUUUAUUCCGAUAACAUUCGCUGGUUGAUUCAGAUUCCUAGACUUUAUGAUAUCUUCAAGACCAACAAGCUAAUGUCAUCGUUUCAGCAGAUCCUGGACAACGUGUUCAAGCCACUGUUCGACGCGACCAACAAUCCUAACCAACAUCCGGAGCUGCACAAGUUCCUGCAGUACGUGAUCGGGUUCGACUCGGUUGAUGACGAAUCCAAGCCGGAGAAUCCACUAUUUGAUGGUGAUGUCACGACUCCUGACCAGUGGACGGAGGACGAGAAUCCGCCCUAUGCGUACUAUAUUUACUACAUGUACGCUAAUAUGACCGUGCUUAAUCACUUCCGCACGGAGCGGGGCAUGAACACUUUCGUACUGAGACCUCAUUGCGGCGAAGCCGGUCCUGUGCAGCAUUUAGUGUGCGGCUAUCUGAUGGCGGAGAACAUCUCCCACGGAUUGCUACUGCGAAAAGUUCCAGUCCUUCAGUAUCUUUACUAUCUCGCACAAAUCGGCAUUGCCAUGUCGCCGCUAUCCAACAACUCCCUCUUUUUAAACUAUGACCGAAAUCCAUUCCCGGAGUACCUAGCGAGAGGAUUAGUAGUUUCUUUAUCUACAGAUGACCCCCUCCAGUUCCACUACACCAAAGAACCCCUGAUGGAGGAGUACAGCAUUGCGGCCCAGGUGUGGAAGCUAAGCUCGUGCGACAUGAGCGAACUGGCCCGCAACAGUGUACUGAUGAGUGGCUUCUCGCACAAGAUGAAACAGCAUUGGCUGGGACCAAAUUACACCCGCGAGGGUGUCGCCGGGAACGACAUCAGCCGUACCAAUGUGCCGGACAUUCGGGUUGCCUUCCGCCACGAGUCACUGCUGGACGAGUUGGCGAACAUUUUCAAGGUGCACAGCGAGCGCGCGCUCGGGCUGCUGGAAUGAGUUCACCCCUGACAGGGUGGGGAUAAACCACCACCGGGGUUCUCCCCUGGUGGGCUGAGAAUCUAUUAACACAGAAAACAGAGCGAAGUGGGGACAAUGAAUUUGGUAAUUUCAUGAAAUUAUUUAUUACCUUAGGAUGAAUUUAUAUCAUUUGUUAUAAGCUAUUAAGUGUACGCAAAAAAAUGUCGUAUCGAAGUAAGUCUCUCAGUAUAACCGACCAAUGUUUCGAUUGAAAUUGUGUAAUCGUUAACAAUACAAAAAUUUAAAACAAGUUUUGCAAUUCUUUGCGAGCUCGCUAAAGCGAAUUAUAUCCAGUUUCAUGUUGUAGCCGUUUCAGUAGCGGAUCAUACUGUGUUACGUCAUUCAUUGGAAUCAAUAUAUCUGAAUUGAAAACGUU